AGAACUACAAUUCCCAGAAGCCGCUGUCUGUUUCCGGUGACGUAUGUAAACUGUAAAUGAAGAUGGCGCUGUCCGGAGAUCAACACGCGUGUGUCAUACCUGGAGGUUUUACUGUGCUGUCUCUGAGGUUCAGUGAGGAUGACGCUCAUGCUGCUCUUCAUCAGCUGUUUGUUAAAGAGCACCGGGUUCGAUCGGAGUCCAACACGAACCGACCGCUGGACCGAACACUGUUCGUUCUGAACGUUCCUCCGUACUGCACUGAGAGUGUUAUAUCGGACAUCUUCAGCCGCUUCGGUCCGGUGCAGUCUGUGGAGCUGAACGAGAAGCCAGGAGCGUCCGAAGUGAACCACAGCAGUUUGUCCAGAUUCUUCAUCCCCAGACAGAGACAGUGUUUCAGAGUGGCCUACAUCGUGUUCCAGCACCCGUCUGGAGUGAACGGCGCCAAGCAGCACCCAGCACACACCCCACUGACCGUCUGCAGCGGACACACACCCCUCAGAACCGGCAUACACAAGUGGAUCCAGCAGUACUCAGACUCACUGUUCAGGGCCUCAUCGCUGCAGCAGGAUGUGGAUGAGUUCAUGAAGGACUACGACACACAGAAGAAGAAGGAGGCGGAGCGUCAGAAGCAGGAGGCGGAGCAGCAGCAGGAGGAUGAGGAGGGCUGGGUGAAGGUGACGAAGGGCAGCCGAGGAGUGAAGGUCCGCCCACACAGCGAGACGGCCAAUGAGAGGACGCUUCAGAAGGAGCAGGGGAAGAAGGAGCGCAAGGAGCUGCUGAACUUCUACACGUGGCAGCACCGAAACACACAGAAAGAACAUAUCGCUGAGCUCAGGAAGAAGUUUGAAGAGGACAAACAGAGGAUCGCUGUACUGAGAGCACAGAGGAAAUUCAGACCCUACUGACUCAUCAUACCCACAAUGCUUUGCACCUUGUACUGUUUGGUUACAUGAACAUUAAUUUGUAAUAAAGUCUACAGUGAGUCAAUCA